AUGGUCAGAGUAAGGAUUAUAAGCUGUGUGCUGGCUGUGCUGAUUUGUGUUCAUAUACUAUUAUUGUUACUACAUCUGCAAAAAGUAAAGAAAACACGAGAAAAGGAGAAAGUCCAUCUGCUGAUUCUUUCCACCUGGAGGUCAGGUUCAUCUCUGGUCGGUCAGCUCUUUAGCCAGCACCCCAAUGUUUUCUACUUGAUGGAGCCAGCUUGGCACGUAUGGAAGACUAUGUCUUACUCCAGUGGAGAUGUUCUUCACAUGGCCGUGAGAGACUUAGUCCGAUCAGUCUUCAAAUGUGACAUGUCUGUGUUUGAUGCCUAUGCGAACAGUAAUAUGAAAGUUUCUGACCUUUUUCUGUGGUACAGCAGCAGAGCCUUGUGUGCACCCCCAGCAUGCGAUUAUUUUUCUCAUGAUGAAAUGGUCAAUGUAACAGCAUGUAGACAACUCUGCCGAAAUGUUUCAAUUGGUAAAGCAGAAGAAGCAUGCAGCAGGUAUAGUCACAUUGUUGUAAAGGAGGUUCGUUUUUUUAACCUCAGAGUCCUCUAUCCUCUUCUGAAGGACCCUUCCUUGAACCUGAAGAUUCUCCAUUUGGUUCGUGACCCUCGAGCUGUUGCCAAGUCCCGCAGGCAAACCCUUACAUCACUAGCUGUUGACAAUGGAAUUGUCCUUAACACGAAAGGAACAAAAAACAGUGAUGCCAGGUUCCUUGUAUUACGUAAAAUCUGUCAAAGUCAUGCUAACAUGUACAAAAUGGCUAUCGAUGACCCCCCUGAAUUUCUGAAAGGGAGAUAUAUGAUGGUUAGAUAUGAGGACUUGGUACGAGAUCCUCUAAGAGAAGUACAAGAGAUGUAUAAGUUUGCAAACUUAGGAAUGACUGACAAGUUAGGUGACUGGAUCCACAACAUUACACAUGGCCAAGGACCACCUAAAAGAAAUGAAGCCUUUGAGAUCACCCCGCGGGAUGCAUUAAAUGUCUCCCAAGCUUGGAGGUCUGUGCUACCAUUUCAGAUAGUCAGGCAAAUACAGGGUGUGUGCAAGGAUGCAAUGAAUACAUUUCGUUAUCAGUUUAUGAAGUCUGAGACACAGCAAAGAGAUCUAUCGGAGGAUUUCAUAUUGCCAAGGACAGAGCAUUAG